AUGAAUAAACUACUAUACCAAUACCAAACGGGGAAGAAACCCUUUGAAUUAUUCUUUUCAGAAGUGGAAAGAAACGAAUUCGAGAAUCUUUUUGACGAUAUUAAUUUCAUCUCUCAUUCAAGUAGAUUAAGAAAAUAUCAUUUGAACGUUACCGACAAAAAUAAAAAUGACAUUAGAACCAAUUGUCUUGAUUUCGACUCAGAGGGAAAAUUCCUAUUAUCCGGUAAUAAUGACGGGUCCAUUCUCUUGUUUGCCCUAGAUGAUAAAUUGAAAAAUGGCCAAUUAUUCAAUAAGAAGAUUCAAUAUUGUAAACGUCCUCACAGUGAUGAUAGGAAACAAAUGGAAAAAUUGAUACCGCAAAAGAGAAAUAGAGAGGACACAAUACGGCAAGUUCAUAGUUUUGAAACUAAUAGGAAUAAAUUUAGAAUGUAUAGACAAUCUAGUUCUUUAAGUUCUGAAGAUGAAAUUAAUAAUUCGAAAAUGGAUGACUUGGAGGCAGCACAGGGGGAAUCUCACCAUGGUGGGAUAACAACAAUGAAAUGGUAUGGUGAAGAUAAUGGAAUGUUCUUUACUGGGUCCAACGACAAGAUAAUUAAAAUAUGGGAUACCAACCAGUUUAAAUCUGUUCAGGAUCUGGAAUUCGAAUACAUGAUUAACCAAAUCGAUAAUGUGGAAAAUAAUUUCAUGAAUGAAAUUAUUGCAGUGGCCAGUGAUGAUUAUUAUCCACGUCUGAUUGAUUUGAAAAAUAUGAAUUUAGGAAUCACCAUUUUUGGUAAGAAAACAGUCACUUCUCAUUUGAAAGAAAAUUCAGAAUUAAAAUCUGAAAUUUUGACUUGUAAGAUUAAUCCCCAGAGGGGGAAUGUGAUAUGUUCAGGUGAUGCCGAUGGAAGUAUUAAAUUAUGGGAUUUGAGAAUGACCAACAGGUUGCUCAUUGAAUUAAGACGCUUUUCUAAAGCUUCCAAUGGAUAUGGGAAUGGAACAAGAGCACAUCUACAAUCAUGCACCGAUCUGUGCUGGUCAAACACGGGAGAUGAGUUGUGUUCAGUGGGAACGGAUGGGAAAUGCUAUAUUUGGAGACCGUUUCUUAGUGACAAGGAACUAAUUAGCAACCCACAGACCUUAGGUGACAUGGAUUUAUCUCGUACCAAGUUCAAGAAGAGGACAUCACAAAGGCUGAUCUGGUUUAAUGACUACAUUAUUUGUAAUACAGAUAAUAGCGAGGUGCAUAUAUACGAGACCAACACCGGGAAGCUUUGGAACAAGAUAGAGCAAAACACACACGAAGAAAGUAAUCUUCUGGUUUCUCCGGGGAAGAGGCAUCACAUUCCUGGGACUUCAACCCAAUUUAAAGGUAUGGCAAUGCAAAAGGACUUAAGUAACGGUCGUGGUUUAAGAGUAUUACUUGGCUCCAACGGAGAUAUAUUAGAGUAUACUUAG